AUGUCUGCCUGUCGUUUCAAUGUCCCAAGCCUCAUAAACAUGAAGCAGACUGUCCAAGAGAAGUUUGGCUUGUCUCCCUGCACCUGGCAGCUUCAGUCGGCUCGAUAUCAGCUCAACAAAAAGGACGUUGUCACCAUCUCCCCUACUGGCUCCAGCAAAACACUUACAUUUUGGAUUCCUCUCCUAUUUAAUGCAGGUAGGAUUAUCAUCAUCGUCACGCUGCUGAAUAUAUUAGGGGAGAAGAACCAGAAGGAGGCAGAGGCUUAUGGUUUCCCUGCCAUCAAUUUGUGUAAGGAGACGGCUACAGAUCAGGUAUUCAAGGCAUUGUGGAAGUCAAAGAAGUUUACCAAGAAGAUAUUCAAUAUCACAUUUGAUGAAGGGCACUGCAUAAGUGAAUGGGGCGAGGACUUCAGGCCACAGUACAGCGAGCUGGGGAAUCUUAGAUGGUAUUUGCCUGACCAUGUGACAGUCCAUGUUGUAUCAGCAACAAUGCCACCACAUAUUUUGGCCGACGUCACUUCGAAGCUCCGUAUCUGGUCACAUAACCUUGCGAGGGUCACCUGGUCUAACAACCGUCCAAAUAUUAGCCUUAUUGUUGAAGAGAUGAAGUUUCCGCGUAAUACCAUGCAUGAUCUAACCCGAGUCCUGGAUAUGAGACUUGGAGAUAUAAAUCCACCACAGAAGUUUAUGAUCUUCACGAAUUCUUGGACUUCGGCAGAAAUGACUUGCAACCGCUUGUGUUCGGAUCUCCCUGGACAUUUGCGGGGGAAGAUCUUCUGGUUCCAUUCCAGGAUGACAAUGAAAUUCCGUAUCAAUGCGAUGGCAAAGCUUCAAGAAGGUGGACUGUGGGGUAUCUGCUGCACCGAUGCAGUGGGAAUGGUUAGUGACAAUUACAUUUAA